AUGAAAUUUAUUACAACCUUUUCUCAUCUCAUAAGUAACGAUAACGAAAGUCCAACGCCAAACAAUUUAUUAAUAAAUGACGAUAAAAACGACAAUGAAAAAGAAUUUUUAACCAGCAGUAUACCACCUUCACCGAAUCGUGCAUCUUCACUCAAAAAUAAAUCCUCUUCGCUAGUGAAAGUAUUAAGUGCAUCCACCCUAGUAAUUUCCAUUGUUCGUAAUAUGUUGGCACAAAACAACAAUCAAAUUUUAAAUAAUCUCACCGAUGCUGUGAAACUUGACGAGUAUCAUGUGCUCACCGAGUGUGUAUCGGAGAAAGCUGAAUCGAUUUUGAAAACUGUUCGAAUGAUUAAGGAUUCAAAUCCAUCAGCAUCGAAUGGACAGCAUAUAUAUAAUGCGCUUAUCUCGAGUUCAACCGAUCUCGCGGACGCUUUAAUUAUGUUCGUAGGCUUUGUUAAGGAUCAUUUGCCACAUAUUGCUAUCGAAGAACCAUUUACAGGCUGUUCAACUACCGAUAACGAUAAUUCCAGUAUUAAUCUGAAGAAAAAAUCUUCGUUCAAGAAAAAGGUAUUAAAGAGCUUCAAAACAUUAAGACGGAACGUUCCUUCUCCGUUGGGAUCACCAGCUUCUACGUUCUCAUUUAGUAAAGAUAAGGAUAAAGACACACGAUCAAAAAAAUUUUUGGGUAUCAAUGGACAUAUAUUUUCGGGAAGAAGAUCAAAUGGGGAUUUAAGUGUCUAUCGAAAAAGGUCAGAUAGCAUUGGAUCAAAUGCUUCCUCAAUCUCAAAUGUAUCAUCUCUUGCCUCUAUUCGUACUAUGCCGAAUUUAAAUACGCAUGGCAACACUCAAAUUGAUCCGCUGUCAAGUAGUGCAAAGAAAUCAUUCCGAAAAAAACCUUUUCCUUAUCUACGCAUUGAGACUUCUUUUCGCGGCUCCAAUAAAACCGAGAAACACCGCAAAUUACAUAUUCUCAGAGAAAAACGUGAUGGGCAAAACAUUGAAGUUCACGAAAAAGAAAUAGAGGAAGUUGAUUUGAAUGAUAUAGAAGAACAACAUUCUAUUGGAUGGGCAAGCGUAGCUAGCUCUCUUAAUAAUACACCCACCAGCUCAAAAUUUAGGGAACAUUUUGAAGGAGCACCAGCUCAAAUGACGGGAGGUCGUCACCGUCGUGCAUCGGACGCAUCAAUAAGAACUCCAUAUUCAACAAGAUCGUUAUACGUCCACGAAAAUUUAAGUACUAAAUCAGCAUUAAGCGUUUUAGAAUCCUCACAUAGAAAUAGCAUCGAAGAUCACACCAGGAACAAAACCGAAGACGAAAAAAGUCGCCGAAAUUCAUCACAUUCGAGCAUAAAAUCCUACCUUCUCAAACAUAUUAGCCAGAAAUCGAAAAGCAAAUUCAACAAGAAAGGAAAAGGAGAUUAUUGGCCAGUCAAUGAAUCUAUUCCUACGACUCCUAAAAAUACAAGCGAAUACUCUGAUGCGCCGCAACUUCCACUUUCCGCUCGAAGUUCGACUAGUUCGACAAAAAGCACCAGAUCAACCAAUCGUUUGUUUUCCUUAAAACGUCCUAAAGUGCCUCAUAAAAUGAGCAGUGAGUCUGAUAUAAGAUCAUUGAAAAAGCGGUGGGCUGAAUACGAUGCUGAUAAAUCAUUAAGCACUCAUCCUGAAGAAAUUAAGGAAAAUUCUUCCAGCGAUAACAAUAAUAAUGCCCAUAGUGACGUUGCAAAUGAUGAAGUAUUCUAUAGAAUUGUGACGAAGAAAAGCUCUAAUAGUUUGAAUAUAAAGAAAAAACCUAGCUUAACUUCAUUAUUAAAACCACCAAGUCUUUUUUCGACAUCGCACAACCGUGGAUCUGCAGACUUUUCAGAUUUCGAUGACGGGGAGCUAGUUCAAUAUUGCAAUGCUCAUAGUAAAGAAGGCCUCGCGUUGGGUGUUGUAGACAAAAGACCUCAAGUUUUGUACGGUACAAUUGAAAAUCUCAUUUCUUGGAUGGUAGAUGAAGAUGGUCAAGAUUUGGAAUUUAUUGAUGUUUUCAUCCUUUGUCAUGGGUUCUUCAUGGAAUCGCGAGACUUUUUAGAGAAUAUGAUUUUACGAUUUCAUAUACAAUCUCAGGGUAGUGACGACAACGCCAAUAAUUUUUCGAACUACGUUCAAAUAAACAUUCUGUCAAUACUUCAUCGAUGGGUCACUAUUCAGUCCGAGAAUUUUCAAGAUCAAAUUCUUUAUGAAUGUCUUGUUAGUUUUCUUGAUGAUGACGUCAAAAAUGCCGGCUUUCUGGGGGAAGCGGAUCAAAUCAAGUUUACAUUAAAGGAACAAUUAAGUGACAAUGGUCACGAUAAACUACAAAAUGCCGCAAAAAUUUUGCCCAUGAACGAUUAUAACAACAGUACACAACUUUUUAUGCCUCCUUCUGAAUUACUCGACACAUCACCUUUACUUGAUUAUGACGCAAAGAGUAUCGCAAAGUAUUUGACAUAUAUGGAUUAUAGUGCUUUCAAAUCGAUCACAUUAUACGACUAUAUUACCGGGUGGCGGAAAAAACGACAAAUGAUGGAACGUGGCACAUCUGAUAGCGAGCAACACGAAACCUCACAUAAUCAUCAAGAGGCUGCAAGUCGUAUUGAUGAGUUUAUCAGGAGAUCCAAUAUGAUAAGUCACUGGGUGGCUUACGAAAUAUGUAAAUUAAAAGAAGUGAAGAUGAGAAAGAAUAUGCUGCAGAAAUUCAUUGAAGUCGCAAAACAUUGUCGUCAAAUGAACAAUUUCCAAACGUCAAUGACAAUCAUACUCGGCUUAAAUUCUCGUUCGAUACGAAGACUCGAAGAAACCUGGGCGAAUCUUGCAAAUAAACAUAUUAUCACUUCACAACAAAUUGAAAAGUUGUUGGAUACUUCGAAAAAUAUGGAUUUUUAUCGACAGGCAUUGGCAAGGUGUCGGCCUCCGGCUGUACCUUUUUUCGCAACUUGUCUCAAAGAUAUUACGGCAAUAAUGGAAGCAAACGAAACUUUUAUUGCAAAUUCCACUAAUACAAUUAAUACAGCAGCAGCACCAUCCAAUCAAGAGAGUCAACACCAAUUGCAACAAAUAAACUGGCAAAAAUUGCGUUUACUAAUUAAAAACUUAUACGCAAUAAUCGGUCUACACUCUGAAACAUACAAAUUUACUUCCACGAAUCCCAGUUCUACUUUUGACGAUAAAGAACUCAUGGACUCGUUUCCCUCACCCACACCUUCAAUUGCCGACAACAAUACGAUGCUUCAUUCUCCAUUCCGAAUAAGAUUCACAGCUUCCUCGCCAACAGACUCCCCCAUAUUCUCGUCAUCGCCAAAAUUCUCACCCAAUCCAUUGAGCGGUAUCAUGCUUGACAACAUAGGGGAAAUAAUAGAACGGCGUAUUUACUUGGCUGCCGGGGAUCUGUUUCUUCCGAAUUCCGAGAAUAGUAGCAGUAGUAAUUAUGAAAAUGAUGGUUCCGAAAAGCUUAUGGAGUUGUCAAGAAUCGCCGAGCCUGAUGAAAUUUAA